AUGUCUGAAACACAACUUUCCGACCAAUAUCUUUACCAGAGCUCGCUCAAGAGUGAUCCGGAUAUUAAAGUCUCCUCUGGCAAGCGCGUGCCUUUCGUUAUCGAUCUUAAUCAGGGGUCAUACCAAAACGGUGUUAUUACUAUCGAUGCAACAUCCCAGCUUAAUGGAAGUGAAGGAUUUGCUUCGCUCCGUGAUGCCUACAUUAUGCUACCAUACAAGGUAUCGAUGAAAAACACUCAUGCUACUACUCUGAAUGGUAAGACUAUCGUUUCUAUGGCUGACUACAAGCUGUUUUGGAGCAAUAUUCGUGCUCAGACUGGAUAUAGUCCUCCGUAUGUUGAAAAGCAUGGUGCAGAGUCUUUCCUCUUCCCUGAUGCUGCUCAGUCGUCGAGGUACAGUGCUACGGGCUCUUUUACUGGAGACGGGUAUUCGAAUAACACAGCGUUCUCCUCCUCCUUCACCGCCGGCGCUAUCUCUGCCACAGCUUCAGUAGCAAAUGAUGGUUUUGUUAAGCACCUUCUUUCGAACCCAUUAAAUGCUGGAGCUGACUCAUCUACGUCGUGGCCUUCCACUGGUGCCGCAUCUGCUACAACCACCAUCGCUAAUCAGCUGGGACGUGGCGCUUUCGAGCUUGAUCUUAUGGCUAACCCUCAAAUCCGUCUUCGUUUCCGGGUUAAUCAGGGUACUGUAGCUAUUGAUGCUGAAACUUCUCGUUAUAUGACGCUUACAAGUACUACACUAUCGAGUGGUAAUACAUGCCCUGUAAUGAUUGCUUCGUCGGCAAGUAGUAAUCCUAUGGUUAGUGUUCUUUCAGGUUCAACAGCUGGUUCUACUGCUGUUUCAUGGGGUGCUGUCGUCAAUGCGCUUGAACCUACUAUUGAUGGAACUUACAUGCCUUUCACGACUUCUCGACUGUAUAAGGUCCGCUACAACGACCGUUAUGCACAGUGGUUUUACCAGCGCGCCGGUAUUGGCAAGCAAGGGACACAGCUUAAUGCUUCUUUCGAUCUGCAACUUUCGGCUUCUGUAAAGAAUGCGAAGUACUUUCAGAGUCCGUUUGAUACGGCUCCUUGGACACUUCAGCCUGGCUCGAGCAUUCGCAACUUCAAUGUCCGUAUCGGUUCGACUCAAUGCUUCGACAUUAGUCAUGACUACGAUUUCCACCAAUUCACAAACGAGUUCGCUAAAAUUGCUGCGAUUAAUGGUGAUCUGACCCCUGAGCUUCUGAAUGGACUGCUUGACUAUCAGACGUGGUCUCUAACUAACCGCAUCCUUAUCGCUGACGUUAGCCGCCUGACGGAGCGUGAUGUACCUCAGGCUAUUCAGAUCCAGGGUACAAACGCUGGUUGCCAGGGAACAAACAUGCUUGUUUUGGUUGUGAGCGAACAAGAGCUCUCCUACGAUCGUCUAACGGGAGAGGUUUUAGAUUUUACCACGGCUUAG